AAAUGUGCGUUAUUUUUUCUUCUCCUUUCCUUUUUUGAGACAGUGGUAGACCUUUUUUUUAAUCAGAAACUAAUUUAUUAUAAUAUAUAUUACAAUUCAAAUGUAAACAUUUUUAUAGGUUAAAUUUUGAGCAGGUGUGUUCCUUCGUUUCAACUGCAGUCUGCUAUAGUGGAUUGGCAGUACUGCCCAAAACGUUAUGUUCUACGUAAACCCUAACAUAUACGCUCAAUUGUGGACGCCAGCCUGAGCCUGCAACCAGCCGUGCACACUUGCUCUACCUAUGAGCCUCCCGCGAUGUUUAUCUCUGCGGCCAGGGGGCAAGAGACGAUCAGACGAAGAGUGCGUUCUACCGCGAGAAAGGUUAUGUUAUGCUCGCAGCUCUGCCCGCGCGUCGCGAUCCUCAUUGCGAGAAAAGAAAAUAAGUACGACGGAGGAGACCUCUGACAUCGCGCAUCCUCGUUGCCUCGUGUAAUACACAUACCUACAUGCAUACAUAUACCGCCUAUGGAAUAGGUUACCUGCGCAUUCGCGAGCGUGAUCUACGCUGCUGCAGCUUCGAUUUUGCGCAGUGACGAGACGAGUGCGUCGAGUAAGAGAGGCAACAAAGGUAAAGUAGCGCGCGCGAGAAUAGCGCGAAACAAAACACGCGCACCCACACACACACACACACACACACGUUCCGCAAACACGCGCGGCUACUGCUGUGCAAGAAGUAGGAGAGAGUACUUAUAGGAUAGGUGCGGUGCGCAUAGGUGUUUAUAUCUGUGGAGAGCGCAGUGGUGGCAUUGAAUCUCAAUGCUGGAAGAUAAAAAACUAUGAAUUCAAGUGCACGUCGUCUCCGGGAUCAUCCAGCAGCAGACGAUAAAUCGACUGCUGCGCGGUGCGCCGCCGAUAUCGUCACCAUCAGCAUCAUCAGGAGAAGGAGCGUUAUAGCAGCGGCGGCUACUACUUACUGCUGCUGCAUUGAUUCGCUUAAUUAGCGAGAGAGCGGGCCAAGGUGAAUGAAAGCAGCAGUUCAUGUUUCAGCAUCGUAAUGUGAUUGUAUGCAUCUGUGACAUGCAUACUCAGUAUUCGAGUGACACAAAGACAAAUGACCUCCAUGUAGAGAAAUAGGGACAUUUCAAGAAUCACUCUUACAUGUCUCUGCAUGACACUGCUAUGAGUGGUGCCUUAUCAAUGUACGAUGCACUCAACCAAGAGGGCGGCUCCAGUGGCAACUCUCUCCAGCCUCCCGAGGCUGGAGCUACCAAAAAACUUGCCAGAGGCAUAUCCAGAGCCACCGAAAAUGCUGAUAUUGUUACGCAUGCUCGGUUGCAACUAGCAUUAGGAUCUAUUGACACUCCAGAGUUUACGUUCUCGUUACCCGAUUUAUCUAUUUAUCCAGAUGACUUCCGACAGUUUUUGGAAAAAGACCUGAUAGAAGGAGGAUGUCUCGCUUCCUUAGAAGCUGCUGGGAGACUGAAUUGGUGGUGCGGAGGGAAAAAUAGAGUUCUUUGGCCACUUGCAACAACUGGUGAUGGAAAUUGUCUUCUUCAUGCUGCAUCUCUUGGAAUGUGGGGCUUUCAUGAUAGGGAACUUACUUUAAGAGAUACUCUGCACAAUACGUUAUCAAAAGGAGAAUAUCGACUUGCUCUGUUCAGGAGGUGGAGAUGGAGACAACUAGGUCUGAAUGCAGUAGCUGGUUUAACAUAUACAGAAGCUGAAUGGGUGGCAGAGUGGCAAGCUAUAGUAGAUAUGGCUUCAACACAUCCUCGAAAUCAAAUGAGUACUUCCUACCAAAGCUUAGAAGAGAUACAUGUACUUGCCCUGGCACACAUCUUGCGACGACCAAUCAUUGUUAUAGCAGAGACAAUGCUCAGGGAUUCUGAGGGUGUUGCAUUGGCUCCGAUUCCUUUUGGAGGAAUUUAUCUUCCUCUUGAAGUUCCUCCUUCGAGGUGUCAUAGGACACCAUUAUUGUUGGCAUAUCACUCAGCACACUUUUCCCCACUUGUCACAGUAGAUAGUAGUUCUGAUCCCAGCGAGGGUAGUAUUCAAGGUUAUAGUAUACCACUCGUUGAUCCUGAUACUGGGCAACUUUAUCCUGUACUUUUUGCUGUGGAUCCAGGACCUGACUGGGUAUGGGCUGCUUCUCAAGAUUUGUUAGCUUGUCAACCAGAUACAAUGGAAAUUCUUAUAAAAGAAUAUUUAGACUGUGAAUAUCAGGUAUUCACUCCUGAUGAAAUAGAUAGGUUAUCAGAGUCUGAUGCUGCAAAAAGUAAAACAGCUAAACAGUUAAUGGGUGUAGCCAAGCAAUUCGGAUCUAUUGGAAAAUCUGUCAGUAAAAAAAUUUGGUUCAUGAAUAGAAGACCAAAGAGCCCACCGUCCUCUAACUCUGGAGGAUAUGGGGAUACCUUACUUUGUGUUAGAAUAAGAAGUAGAAGGCAUCAGUAUGCUGAUCAAAUGCUUCAAAAUUAUUUAGAAAGCGCUCAUGCAAGGUACCUGCAAGAUCACCAGGGUAACAACCCUGGUAGUGAAAUGAACUACGGAGCUGGUAAAUCAAAGUUUUAUGCUGCAAGUGACAGCAACAGUCAUGCAAGUGUAAGCAAACUUCCAGCAACAAAUCAUAAAAAAGAUGGAACUCUUUAUCUUUCAAGAUCAACCUUCUACAAUGAUCAAGUAGUACCUGAAGAACCUAAAACUGAUCUUAGGGGUAACAUUGACUCUGAUUUGGUCAAACGUUGUCGCACUCAAGACUGUAAGUUUUUUGGUUCUCCUGAAAAUCAGUACUACUGCUCUCAGUGUUGGGCUGAUCGUCGACAACGUUGAAGAAUUUUAAUCCCACCCAUGACAAUAAUUUUUUGUCUAUACGAAAACAAGCAUAAUUUUCAGCGUGAUAUUAAGCUAUACAAUUAUUUUUCUUGAAUAGUAUUUUAUCAUAUUUAUGUUAUUAUUGAAGCAGGCAGCUUACAAGGUUGUACGUUUUUUAGUCUUACUUUAUUCCCUCCGACAACUAGUAUUUUAAUUAAAAACGAAUAGAACGGUUAGAUCUAUCUUAACUUGCGUCUUUCUGUAAACGAAUUGAUAACGACAAUCCUGCCUUGCCUUGUGCGCUCAUAACAAAAUUAAUACUCGACAAUACUGCAAGCUUGUUAAAAUUUCAUUUAACGAUUUUUUCGUAUAUUAACUCGCUUCUUCUAGUUUAUAUACUAACAGAAUCAUCCGCGAAAGACGUGUACACAUUAUAUUUUUGUGAAUCUCCUAAAUGAUGAUGAUCAAUGAAAGUCGACAAAGGAAAAAAACGAAAAUAUAUGAUAUAAAAAUUCUGUAUAAGUUAAAUAUCUGUGUGAAAAAAUAAAAAAAAAAUAUUUUUUUA